CGAGUCAGAGUAGGCUAACUUGCUAACGCGAUUUUUCUCGGUAUAGCUUAUUCUCUUCAUGUGCUUUUGCUCGUGGUUUAAGCUGGGCUGGAAACUGGAGACAGCUGAUCUAAAGAUUUCCUGGUUGCCUGCUGUGUAUAAUAUCUUGAUGAACCGGAGGAACUUAUGAAAUGGGAAAACAAAGUUUUCAAGGUGCACCCAGUCAGUGCCAGAAGAAAGAUGAUCAUAUCCCUCCUGGGCGGAGGUCAAUGCGUACAGCAAGCAAAGCAAGUAGCCAAAAUGCUCAAAGCCACACAGGUGGUGAGGAUACUCUCGGAGCAUCAGUUAGAGUGGGACGAAGAUCUCUUCAAGGUACAGUUUCCUCCAGCAAGUGUUAUAAAAAGGGCCAAAAACCGACCACUCAAAAUACAAGAAAUGGAGGACACCGGUCUUCCCUGGCCUCCACUCGCAAAAGAAAGAAAAGCUGUCGUAGUUCAGACUCUGAGACGCCCGCAAAACGUCAACGAAAGUCAAAGUGUGACAAAACUGUAGAGUCUGUCUCCAGUUGUACUUCCAGUCAAGACAAGCCUUCUCAUUCCUGUCAAAAGAAAAAUCAACGAUCAAAUCCAAACUCUUCAUCUUGGUUUACUAAAUUGUCCCAAAGUCUCUUAAAGGCUGUGGAGGCUGGACGGUCAAUUAAAGUGACUGAAAUCUUGAAAAGUCACGGCAAGUGUUUACUUUCUGUCUUGGAUGUCGCCCUGCUUAAAGCUGUGUCUCGGGGCCACCUGUUUAUGGUGCAAAAUCUGAUACAUCAUGGAGCUUCUCUGCAUACUGAAAUAUUUGGAAAGACUUGCUUUCACACAGCAGCGGAAAAUGGUCAUAUUGAUAUCAUGGAGUUUCUUCUUGAAAAAAGUGAUGGUAGACAUUUUUUCAUGAAUGAUGCCCGUGAUCGUGGUGGCAACACUGCGCUGAUUCUUUGUCAAGGCACACCGAGUGCGGCUCACAUCACCAAGAUUCUAUUGCCACACUCAAACGAACCAGCAAUCAAUGUUCAGAACCGCAAAGGUGAAACUGCUUUGAUGAAAGCUGUGCAGAGUCAGAACAUUAGCGCUGUGCUCCAGUUGAUAAAGGCCGGGGCCAAUGUGGAUCUGAAGGACAAAAAAGGGAAUACUGCCAGAUCACUAGCCACUGCCUUGGGUAUGGAUGGGUUGUUGGAGGUACUGGCCAAGGACACUAGUGGUCAAGGAUUGACCCCAAUAAUGAUAGCAGUGAGGGCCCAAAAUACUGAUCUUUUAGAAUUGCUACUGUUGUCAAAACAGUUUAAUGUGGAUGAGAAAGCUGUUGAAACAGAUGAAAUAGGUGAUGUCCAUUUCACCGAUACUGCCCUCACGAUGAUCUUUAAUUCAAAACUGGAUAAGAAAGAGGAUUUAUUGACCUACUACAUUGACUGGAAAACCUGUUUACAUAGUUUUGAACAGUUAACUGUCAAAGAACAGGAUAUUGUUGCAAUGCUCGUUAAAGAUGGAGCAAAUAUCCAUAUUGGGGGUAAGUAUGACUAUUAUUACAUUAGUCCUUUUCUAAUGGCCGUGGAACUUGGAGAUGGGCAGCUCCUUGACCUUUUGCUGAAAAAUCAAAAAUGGAUUGGAAAUGUUGACUCAUACGCCAAAGCUUUAGAAGUUGCUGCUAGGAAUGGUCGUUGUGAUCUCAUAGAUGCUCUGACCCCAUGGGUGGAAUCGCUGGAACAUCAUUUUGAUCUAAAACAGGAAUGGAAUUGCACUUUUCAGGAUGCUUUGAAUAAUGCAUUGAAGGUUGCUAACGAAGAGUGUGUUGGCAAACUCUUGAAGAUCAUCAAAAAUAUAGAUUUCAAUAAGACUAUGACUGCCGCAGUUGAGUCAGGUUGUUAUCCUGUGUUUUUGAGAGUGCGGAAUGCCUACCCUGAAAAAUUUCACCAAUUCGUAUCUCGUGAUGAAGGGGCAAAGUGGCUGUGUGCCGCUUGCAAAAACAACAAUUCAGCGAUUGUAGAAAGUCUUCUCAAUUCUGGUGCUAAAGCCACUGGCAGUGACUUGUAUUACGUGCCGUUGGAGUGCUCCAAGUCUGCAGACAUUACGGAAAUGCUCAUUCUUAAUGGUGCCGAUGUUAACAAGCAUCAUUGUUCCUAUAUCAAUGGUCACUUAACAAACACAGCUUUGGAGCAGGCUGUGUUGUCAAAUCUCACAGAAGUUGUCAAAGUUUUGAUGAAGCAUGGCGCCACUUUACACAUCAAGACACUCAAUCUUGCUCUCUCACGCAGCCAGUGUUUAGGUGAAAUGCGAAAGGUGCUUCUUUGUUUCGACGUUAAUCUCAAUCAGACUGGUCCCGGGGGUCAGUCGCCGUUAUCGAUAUCGGCUUUUCAUGGGGAUUUGGAGUCUGUGGAAACGCUCAUCAAAAAAGGUGCAGAUGUGAAUUUCAAGGGUCGGCGUUAUUCAUGUCCUGCUCUUAUUUCUGCCAUUAAGGGAAAAAAUGUUGAGAUAACUCGUUAUUUGCUUGAUCACGGUGCUGAUGUUAACAUUUCUAAUUCGAAAGGUGAAACUGCGCUAACCAUGGCCGCCAGAACUGAUGAUGGUACUAUUGUUCCUUUGCUCAUUGAAAAAGGGGCAUGGCUUAAUGUGUCAAAUUCAUGCAAUAACCUCACAGCCUUGAUGGUAGCUGCGAAGUACAAAAAUUUUGCUACUUUUCAAUGUUUAGUGGAAGCUGGUGUUGACUUGGACGUUAGACGCAACGGUAAAACUUUUUUAACCAGGCUUCUCCUGAAGAGAUCUUAUUUUGUAAUGUCGAGGUUUAUUGUGUGUCUUGUCAAGCAUGGAGCAAAAGUUACAUCAGGGGAUGCAAUGUUGGCAGUCCACAACUGCAUUGCCCUCGGCAAUUUUCAUGUUCUGUCAGCCCUGAUACACUGUGGGGGUUUUAAUCCUACUCUGUUUAAGGACAUCCAAAUUGAAAAGACCCCGCCUUUUUGUAGGGCAAAAGUCACUCUAAUAGUAGACUUUACUGGCGUCUUCUCUCCCCUUUGUAUGGCGUUACUGUGUGGUCAUGUGACAGUGGCUCGGGACAUGCUGAAGGCCUCCUAUUUGACAACCUCAGACUUGACUCUUUUGCCUAUACAUACAAAAGUCAGAGAGUUUCUAAACAAAAGAGGGUUUGAUGAGAGUGUAGCGGUUCUGGAUGAGAUGUCGGUCUCCGUGCCAUCUCUUCAGCAGCUUUGUUUUGUUCAUGUUUCUGACAUGUGUGGGUCUGAGCCAGGUCGGAAGGAAACAGUGCGGCAGCUUGGGCUUCCAGGUCGAAUAGAGAGGUCGCUUUUGUUUUCUUGUAACGAUCAGUUGGUCGGGGGGAAGUGCUGCAUGGCAGAGAAUUCAUCAGAGACCACACCUGCUGAGGUUGAUGAAACAAGUGAUCGUUAUAUAUACCGGGGCUUCAUGUACUAACAAAAGAAAAGAUUUUGUUGAGUGACCUCAAGUGAAGAAAGUGCUCUCUUAUUUGAGGGCUGUGUAAGUGUUGAUAUCAAAUUCAAUUUAUUUUAUCAGUAAAAAAAAAUGGACCGAUCAAAUCAACAUUUCUUAUUUUAUUUCUUUAUUUGAGA